UAACUUUCCACGUUGUUUUCCAGUCCGUUUACAUUACAAAAUACUCAGCCUGCUUUUAGGUACAUCGUGCCUGUAUUUUUGCUGUUUUUCUCUUCGCACCAAAAAUGUUUUGAAAAUUUAAAAGCAACAUACGACUCCAAAAUGAUGAAAUAUUGUUUACGAUCAUCUUCUUACAACCGAUACUUAACAUCCAUUUGUUUUCCUCGACAGUACAGCGUUAGCUCGGAAGAUAUAGAAAAGAUCAAAAAGUACAAAGAAACUGAAAAGCGGAAAGAAGAAGAAGGUCCAUUAUCGAAGUCAUAUAAAAUUCUAAAAGAUGAAAUUUCAAGGUACAAAAAAGGGCAGCUCUCAUUGCCCCCAGACAAAAUUCCAAAAUUUUCCGAUAUUGUUAUUAUUGGGGGUGGGAUCAUUGGAUCCGCGAUUGCAUAUGCUUUAAAACAAAGAGCUCCUGACAGUUUUGAUCUCACAGUCAUAGAACGAGACCCUAAAUAUACAAGGUCAUCUUCUGCAUUAUCUGUGGGAGGAAUUCGACAACAGUUUUCAUUGCCAGAAAAUAUUCAGUUAUCCAUGUACAGUGCUGAAUUUCUCAGGAAUGUCAAGAGACACUUGAGUGUGCUUGAUGAUGACCCCCCUGAUAUACAGUUUCAGCCUCAUGGAUACCUUUUUCUAGCAUCUGAAGCAGGGGUUCAGCAAAUGAUUAAGAACCAUGAAGUCCAGAAAGAACAGGGUGCAAAAGUGCAAUUACUUGGACCAAAAGGACUAAAAGAGAAGUUUCCAUGGAUAAAUACAGAUGGCAUAGAAAUGGGAUCAUAUGGCAUAGAAAAUGAAGGCUGGUUUGACCCAUGGGCAUUAUUGUCAGCCUUCAAGAAAAAAGCCAUUUCCCUUGGUGCUAACUACAUCAAUGCAGAGGUCAUUGGGUUUGAAUUUGAGAAUGCAAAUCCAGUAUUGGGAGAUGAAACUGCAGAUCCAGUCUUGCGCACUAAUUAUGUGUAUGUAAAAGAUGAUUCAGGGGAUGUUCACUGCAUUGAAUUUGGAGAUUUGGUUGUUGCAGGCGGGCCUUAUUCUGGAGAAAUAGCUCAGAUGCUACAAUUAGGACAAGGUCCUGGUCUUUUGCAACUUCCAUUACCGAUAGAGCCAAGGAAGAGAUAUGUCUAUGUUUUCAAUUGUGAAGAUGGUCCUGGAAUAGAUAUGCCCUUGGUUAUUGAUCCCACUGGUACUUAUGUUAGAAGAGAGGGAUUAGGUGGCAAAUAUAUCUGUGGAAGAUCUCCCUCAGAGGGAGAAGAGCCUGACAUAAGCAAUUUAGAAGUUGAUUACAAUUUUUUUGAAACUUCAGUUUGGCCAGUACUGUCACAACGCAUUCCUGCAUUUGAAGCUAUAAAGGUAUCAAGUGCGUGGGCGGGAUACUACGACUACAACACAUUUGACCAAAAUGCGCUGUUUGGCCAACACCCCUACUACCCGAACGUGUACUUUGCUACAGGUUUCAGCGGCCAUGGAAUCCAAAUGGCUCCUGCGAUUGGAAGAGCAAUGAUGGAAUUGCUAUUAGACAAAGUGUAUGUCACUAUCGAUAUGUCAAGAUUCCAUGUGACUCGCUUAUUUCAUGAGAAGCCAGUGUUUGAGAAGAACAUUGUCUGAUGACUAGUCAUUUAAUUCAAAGCUCAGUGCCGAAAUUUUUAAGCACUGCUUUUUUUGCGUACAUAAUUGCUGUAUAAUACGAAUUAUAAUUUUAUGUUGAAUGUAUGUUCGUAAGAAAAAAUUUAUAUUUCAUUAUAUUAACUGCAGCUCCUUUUUGUCGAGAAAUAGCAGUGAUGUCAUUUAAUUAAAUUUUGUUGAAAAUUUAAUAUGAUUUUGAUCUCUGAAUGCUGAGGAAACUAAAGAAACUGGUAGCAGAAACAGCACAAUGUUGAAAAAGAAAGAUUAUUGAAAUAGUUUGCCAACUAUUUCUUGGUUGGGAGCAAAAAAAACUCUAAAAUUUUUGAAGGAAAUACUAUCUUAAAUUUCAGCUAACAAAGUGUCGUAUUUCCCGGGAUGUAAUCCACAGGUAGCUUGUUCUUGUAUUUUUAAAGUUAUCGUGUUAUUUUUUACAUUUCUCGGUGCUCUAUUAGAUUUUACUAUAAUUCUAAUGUCAGUUUAUCUUGCAGACUAUUUUUGGGAUUUUGAAUUUCUGUGACAAACUGCUGAAAGAAAUUCUGGUACCAGGCUCAGGAAGGUCAAGGAAUAAAAUAUCUUUGCUUAUUCUAUAGUUUCCUCAUUGUCAGAUUUUCUUCGGAAAGAGUUUUGUUUUACAUAUCAAAGUUAUAUAUAUUGUUUGUUUGAAAAAUGUAUUUCAGAGAUGCUAUGAGCCAGUAGGAGUGUCCAAUCAGCAAUAUGGGAUUUCAACCAACUAAAAGCUGUUUGAUUAAAAUUUUUCCAAUUUAGAAACUUUAGAAGGUGAUAAAGUGUCAAAAGAAUUCCAGGAAUGAGCUUAAGAUUGGUUCUAUUUUUGAAAGAUUAGAUUCAUUGGAUCCACUUGAAAAUGUAAAAGAUUGAUAUGAAACAGGGUUGGCUUUCUGCUGGCAGAAACUAGUUUUUGCCGUACCAGUGGCAGAAACUGUUGAUAACCGGUAAAAACCGGCAGACUGAAAAAACUUAAAAGCGUCUUUAAUAACUCAAGUAAUUACAAAAUUAUAUUUGUUUAAGUAAACUAAAAAAGAUUAAACUUCAUUUAAUCAUUUUCUUUCUAAUAUUAUAUAUGCGAAAGUUUGUCUGUAUGUAUGUAUGGAUGUUUGUUACUCUUUCACGCAAAAACUACUGAACGGAUUUUGAUGAAACUUUACAAUUAUAUAGCUUAUG